AAUUGGGAAAAAUGAAGCGACCAUUUCAUGGUAUUAUAAAUGAUUUUAAUGGAAGAUGGACAUGUUACAAGCAAGAUUGGCAUGGAGGAAUAAGAUCUGGAAUUGGGAUACUGGCUCCAACUACCUACAUUUUCUUUGCUUCUGCACUUCCUGUUAUAGCCUUUGGGGAGCAACUCAACAGAGAAACAGAUGGAAGCUUGAGCGCGGUUGAGACAUUAGCUUCAACAGCAAUAUGUGGGAUCAUUCACUCAAUACUUGGUGGACAGCCACUUCUGAUAGUAGGAGUUGCAGAACCAACUGUGAUUAUGUACUCUUAUCUGUACAACUUUGCGAAAGGGCGGCCAGAUUUGGGAGAACAACUCUAUCUAGCUUGGGCAGGAUGGGUUUGUGUAUGGACCGGCCUUAUAUUGAUUCUUCUUUCGAUAUUCAAUGCUGCCACGAUCAUUAGUCGGUUCACAAGGGUUGCUGGGGAGCUCUUUGGCAUGUUAAUUACUGUUCUUUUCUUCCAAGAGGCUAUCAAGGGAGUUGUAAGUGAAUUUCAUACUCCCAAAGAUGAGGAUAUGCAUCAAGAGAAAUUCCAAUUUCAGUGGCGAUAUGCAAAUGGAUUGCUUGGGGUAGUAUUUACCUUUGGUGUUUUCAUAAUGUCCUUAAAGAGCCCUAGAGCGAGGUCAUGGCGCUAUGGUACAGGUCGUAUGAGGGGCUUCAUUGCAGAUUAUGGAGUUCCUUUGAUGGUUGUGCUUUGGACCAUUUUAUCCUUCAGUGUUCCUUCUGGAAUUCCGAAGGGAGUGCCUCGAAGGCUUUAUAGUCCUCUGCCCUGGGAAUCAGAAUCUGUUUAUCAUUGGACUGUUGUGAAGGACAUGUUCAAGGUACCCGUAGCAUACAUCUUUGCUGCAAUCAUCCCAGCUCUGAUGGUAGCAGGACUGUACUUUUUUGACCAUAGUGUUGCUUCACAACUAGCACAACAGAAAGAGUUCAAUCUGAAAAAACCUUCUGCUUAUCACUAUGACAUUUUGGUGCUUGGUUUUACGACUUUGCUUUGUGGAAUAAUCGGACUCCCUCCAUCAAAUGGAGUUCUUCCUCAAUCUCCUAUGCAUACAAAGAGCCUCGCUGUUCUCAAGAGACAGUUGAUGGGGAAGAAAAUGGUACAAUCUGCCAAAGACAGCAUAAGGCAAAAUGCUACCAGCAAUGAAAUAUAUGGCCAGAUGCAAGAUGUUUUCAUCCAAAUGGAUCAAAAUCCCGAUCCACAUGAAGUUGUGAGGGAGUUGGAAGAUCUGAAACAGGCAGUUAUGAAAGGAGAUAGCAAAGAAGGAAAGGACAACAAUACUUUUAAACUUGAACACAUUAACAAUUAUUUGCCCGUUAGAGUCAACGAACAAAGAGUGAGCAACCUCUUACAGUCAGUUCUUGUAGGAGCUGCUAUGUUUGCCAUGCCUGUGAUCAAGCUAGUACCCACCUCUGUUCUUUGGGGAUACUUUGCAUAUAUGGCUAUUGAUAGUCUCCCAGGAAGCCAGUUUUGGGAGAGAAUUCUCCUCCUUUUCAUUACACCUUCCAGACGAUACAAGGUUUUGGAAGAACCUCAUGCAUCAUUUGUGGAAUCAGUGCCCUUCAAAUCCAUUGCUGCUUUCACUCUUUUCCAAAUUGUAUACUUGUUGAUAUGCUUUGGAAUUACUUGGAUACCAAUUGCCGGAAUUCUAUUCCCCUUGCCGUUCUUCUUUCUCAUAAGUGUACGACAACACAUUCUACCAAAGUUUUUCCAUGCAUUUCAUCUUCAAGAACUGGAUGCUGCUGAGUAUGAGGAAAUUGCCGGUGCACCUAGACGUUGUCAUAGCUUAUCUUAUAGGGAAAGUGAAGAUUCAGAAGUCGGCGAGGGAGAUGAUUAUGAGAUACUAGAUGAAAUGACAACUAGCAGAGGGGAGUUCAAGAUUAGAGCCAUAAAUUUUGAUAAUCCUCAAAUUCAUCCUCAAGAGAUUGUUCGUCCAGAAUGAAAGAACAAGCAGUGCUACGCGACAGAUGGAAAAAGGAGCGGCAAAGAUGAUGAUAAUGGUGAAUGUUAGCUUCAUUACAAAAGAAAUGGAAGGACACUGCAAUCUGCAUACAAGAGCUUUUAGCUUGAAAAGGAGGAUCAAACAAAAACUAUGUCAAAAUUCAAAGAGGAGAAUAUUCAUAAUCUUUUGGUCAGAAUUCAGAAUGGCCAGGAAAGUAUACAUAUAUACAGUCAAAUAUAACCAAGUUAGCAGAGCUUUAAGCUUUAAGCUUUAAGAAUCAUUGUAGAAAGACUAGUAGGAAACUGGGUGUAAAAAGUUUGUGCAAUGUUUUUGCUGCAAUAGUAAAAGGUAAGAAUUUUGAAGGAUUCAGUUUGGUUUAGUAUCUACUAAGAUUAGUAGGAAUUUGAAUUGGGAGUACAGACGAACAACAAACACAAAAGUUGUUACUGAAUAAUAUUCGACGAUUAAAACAAUUGUUGCUUAGGGUGAA